AUGCCAUCGACCGUGUGCGCGCGGGUCGGUGCCUACUUCCAUGUAGACUACCGGCCCGGGGAGCGCAGCCUCGUACGCAAGCUUGACUUUUUCAUCCUGUCCUUCUGUUGCCUGAGCUACUUCCUGAACUACCUUGAUCGCUCCAACCUCGCCAACGCCUACGUGUCAGGCAUGCGCGAGGAGCUCGGCUUCGUCGGCAACCAGCUGAACGUCAUCAACACUUGCUUCACCGUCGGCUACGUUCUGGGCCAGGUCCCCUCCAACUUGUCGCUGCACUAUGUCAAGCCACGCAUCUGGUUUCCCGCCAUGAUGCUUCUCUGGGGCGGCCUGACGAUGGUGACGGGCUCGGUCCGCAACCCCCAGUCCAUAAUGGCCAUCCGCUUCUUCCAGGGCCUCGCAGAGGCCUCGACCUUUGUCGGCACCCACUACAUCCUGGGCGCAUGGUAUACCGAGGGCGAGCUGGGCAAGCGCAGCGGCCUUUUCACCUCCUCGGGCCUCGCCGGCACAAUGUUUGGCGGCUUCCUGCAGUCGGCCAUCUAUCGGACCAUGGACGGCAGGCAUGGGCUCGCCGGCUGGCGCUGGCUCUUCGUCAUCGACGGUCUCCUGACCAUCCCUGUCGCCCUCUACGGCCUCCUUCUCUUUCCCGACACGCCGCAUACGACCACGGCUUUUUAUCUCUCGGACUGCGAGAAGCAGCUCGCGAUGGCACGGAUCCCUCCUGCCGCCGAGAAGCGUUCACCUCUGUCGCUGUCCUUCCUCCGAAAGGUCCUGACGUCCUGGUACUGGUGGGGGUUCGUCGGACUCUGGGUCAUCGCCGGCGAGACCGAGUCGUUCAGCUCCAACUCUCUGCUGGCGCUGUACAUGCAGAGCCAUCCGACCAACCGGUACGGCGUUGAGCAGAAGAACAACUACCCGGCGGGCGUGGCCGCCGCCGGCAUCCUCUCGACCCUCUUCUGGGCGGCGCUGACCGACUUUCUUGGCGGCAAGCGAUAUCUCGUCGGCUAUUUCAUCGGCAUAACGGGCAUCGCUACAUCCGUCAUGAUCCUCGUCGCGUCCAGGGAUCCCGCAGGCUCCUUGUCGACGUCGGUUACCUUUGGCGCCUACUACUGGGCCGGCACCGUGUAUGCCUGCCAGGCGACAUUUUUCGCCUGGUGCAAUGACGCCAUGCGCUACGAGGAGGAUGUCUUUCGCGCCGUCGUCCUAGCGGGCAUGAACCUCGGCAGCAACGCCGUCAAUUCCUGGUGGAGUAUCGUCUUCUACGGUGCACAGAUGGCGCCGUGGUUCACCCGCGGCAUGUGGGCCAUGAUUGCCAGCUCCAUCGCCCUAGUCAUCUGGAGCGCGGCGCUGUCUUACGUAGUGCGCAGGAGUAGAGCGAAGAGGGCGAAAGUGGGUGAGAGGCGCAUUUUUGCCUCGGCCUCAGGACAAGCCCACAACGGACAACCUGCACGCUCGUUCGUGAUUCAGCCGCCCUCCCCGACCAGCCCGCAAAUUGGCCACGAACCGUCAUCAGUUUGGAGUAUUCGCUGCGACGCGAUGAGUCAACCCUUUCGCCUUGCCGUGCUGGAAUGUGACACGCCAGUACCGGCCGUCGAACAGGACCGAGGAACUUACGGUGAAGUCUUUCGGCAGCUGCUCGCCAAGGGCCUCGUCGAUGUCGGCCAAGAAUGGAGAGAGGGCGCGCAGCUUUCGCUGAGCAAAUGGGACGUUGUCACCGCGCAGGAGUUUCCUGAUGCGGACGAAGUUGAUGGCAUCUUGCUCUCUGGUAGCAAACACUGCGCGUUUGGGGACAAUGCAUGGAUCCGAGGCCUAGUAGAGUUCGUUCGCGUCUUUCUCGAGACGGCGAAGAAGCCCGUCGUCGGUAUCUGCUUUGGCCACCAGAUCAUCGGCCGUGCUCUUGGCGCCCGCGUCGCAAAGAGCCCCGGGGGUUGGGAAAUAUCCGUCGACCACAUGGAGAUGAGCGACGAGGGACGGCGCCUUCUCGGCGUUGCCAGCCUGAACCUGCACCAGAUGCACCGCGAUGCCGUACUUGACGUCCCUGCUGGGCUAGUCAACCUCGGCAGCAGUCCGCGAUGUGCCAUCCAGGGGCUUUAUGAGCCCGCUCGCAUCCUCACCUUUCAGGCGCACCCCGAGUUUGAUCUCUUCAUCAUGAAAUCGAUCUUGAAGGCGAGGCACGAUCAGGGCGUUUUUGACGACGCCAUGUUUGCCGACGGCACGGCGCGCGCCGAAGGGCAUCACGACGGUGUCCUGGUGGCCACCAAGAUUUUGGAGUUUCUCUUGGCCUCGCGCGCAUGA